CUGGAUGGCCGCCAUGCUGGCCUUCGCCGCGGAGCUGAGGUCGGUGGACGUGUUCCCCACCCCGCACGCCGACGGAGGCAUCAAGCCCAAAGUCGAAGCGGGCGAGGAGAAGACGGCCUGGCAGGACAUCUGGGACACCUGCGACUCCAGCUGGCUAGACCCGAGAGAGGCAGCGAAGGCCGUUUGGGUGACCGCCGAUGCUACGACCUCCAUCGCGUUCGGGGCCGAAUGGAUUGGGAAGGUCUACCCGAGGCAGGACCUCGGGGUCUACGAGAGGGUCCUCGCGGAGGCCACGGGCGACGUCGAUGGGGCCCAGAUGGGAGGGCCGCAUCGCGCUGCGCUGCUAACCACCGACAACAUGGUCUUCACCAACUGGCUCAGCGCCCACGGCUGGUCUGGCCUUCACUACCUCGAGUGCAAGCACAAGUUCCCCACCAUUGGGCAUUUCUUCAGGACGUACCACAACGCCACCGCCGACGUCGGAUCGCGGGCCGCGACGGCCGAGGUCACGGCGCGCAUGCACGACCUGGGCCCGGAGAGCCCGGACGCUUCCGACGAGGGGGCGGACCAGCGGGGCCUCGCCGCGGGUUUCUUCUGCAAGGCUCGGGCGCGGCAAGGGGGCCAGGCCCGCGCCGCCCCCCUCGGCGUCGACCCCGCCCCGGAGCACGGCCCCGCCUGGGUCGCGCUGGCGACGCUCGGCCCCGACCCGGGCCCGACUCCACGGGCGGCAGCGCGCUUGCGCGCAGCGGCUGCGCAGGCCGCGCAGCUCGGAGCACAGAGGGCGGCGCUCCGGUCAACGUCGAGGAUCGACCUGCUCGCGACAGAGGUAGGCGAGCUGGCGGCGCGGCGCCGCUCGGCACUGCUCGGGGCGAGGCACGCGGGCGACGAGCAGCAGGCGCGGACGCUCGGCACGCUCGACCUCAAGCGCCCCGUUGCGCCAUCGGUCGGCCCCACCCUGCAGCGCCCGAACGCGCUGCAGCACGACGUCUGGCCGCUCAUGGACUCAUGGAUCGCUUCGAGGCCGACCCGCAGAUGCGGCGCGCUGAAGAACGCCUCCUACCCGUUGGCAUCGGCCGCCUGUGGACCGCGGCGGGCAGGGAG